CAUUUCACAGGUUUCUCAGAUGGCAAAUGUAUUAGUUCUAAAAUCAACUUGAUAGAUCUGGCAGGAUCUGAGAGGCUGAGCAAGACUAGAUCUGAAGGACAGCUGCUGAAGGAAGCCACCUACAUCAACAAGUCUCUGUCGUUCCUGGAGCAGAUCAUCAUUGCUCUGGGAGACCCCAAGAGGGAACACAUCCCCUUCAGGCAGAGCAAGCUCACCCACGUCCUGAAGGAUGCACUAGGAGGAACCUGCAAUACUGUCCUGGUGGCAAAUAUCUGUGGGGAAGCUGAGCAUGUGGAAGAGACUUUGUCUUCUCUUCGUUUUGCUACCAGAAUGAAAGGGAUCAACUCAGAGCCAGUCACCAGGGAGAGCUACAGCCAAGAGGGGACAGUGAAGGCCAUGGAGAGGGAGAUUGUUCUGCUGAAGCAGGAGCUGGCUGUGCAUGACAGCUUGGCCAAUCGCUCCUGGGUGACCCACACCCCCCUGCCUGCCCCCCAGGUUGCAGAGAUCAGGUCUCAAGUGCAGAAAUACCUAGAUGGAGACAUUGAUGAGAUUGAUAUUCUGAGCGUCAGGCAAGUCCAGGAGGUGUUCAAGCAGUUCAAGCUGAUCGCAAGCCAACAGGAGCAUGAAGCGGAGGCCAGAUUCCGGAGCCAGUACAUUCUGAUAGACAGAAAUGACUUUGUUGCUGUUGCUGCUCUUCAGCAGGCUGGUGUGGUUGAUAUGGAGGGUCACUUGUUGGAAGAAGAGGAUGAAGAGGAUUUGGGGAGUUCAUCUUCUGUUUAUUCAUUCAGACAAAGUGAGAAGAAGAAGUCCAGGAGAGGCAGUGAGAUGUCCAGGAAGACAGGAACCAGGAACUCUGCUUUAGGGAGAGAGAUGGCUGGUCUGCUACCAUCAAAAAGUCAGCUAGAAAUUUCCACCAAUGAUCUGGAUGAAGAAGAGGAAACAGAGAACAAGGACACAGAAGAUCCUGAUGAAGAGGUCUCCACUCCAGCUCCUGUGGAGCUUCCCCAGAGGCCUAGGUCCCCCCCGCCCGAGCCAGCGGCGUUCGAGCUGUUCAAGGAGGAGUGUGGAAGGGAGAUGAACCAGAUCUUCAAAGAGAACAAAAGCAUCCUCCAGGCCAGGAAGAAGACAAGCAGUGAAGUAGUGCAGAAGAUCAAUUUCAUCAAGAGCGAGAUGGAGAGCACCAAAAAGGCCCUGGAGGCUCAUAAGCAGGAACGGCUGCAAAAUGGAGAGCAUGUUGAUGAGAAGGGCCAGAUCAUUGCUGAUGAGGAGGGGUUUGUACUCACCACAAAGCUGAAGGACCUGAAGGAAGAGUACAGGUCUGGUUGUGCUGAGCUGCAGGAGCUGAAGGCAGAGAUCCAGAACUUGCAGGGGGUGGUGGAUCAGAGCAGGAAAAGACUCAUCUCAGAGUUUGAGAUCUGGUACAGGGAGUCCUUCCUCAUCCCCGAGGAUGUGCAGGAAGCUCUGAAGCCUGGUGGCAACAUCAGACCUGGAAUGAUUCCUAUCAACAGAGUCAUGUGCCUGGAGGAAGAUGAUCAGGAGAGGUAUGAGAGGCUGCAGGAGACCACCCUGCCUGAUGGCCCAGCUUCUGCCUCCUUCUACAGGGCGAAAAUGAAGACAGAUCAAAAGCGCAUGUUCAGCAGAGCCACGUCCUCCCUCAAGCAAAUGCACAAGAAGCCCGGGCUCCUCACACCUGCUGGGAAGAAGAAUAAAAGUGCCCUUUCUGCAGGUCACAUAUCAGGUGUGAGCUCAGUCUGAACCAGCCUUCAAUCCACAGCGUCACCUCAGCACGUGCCACGUGUUCCUGUCUGCAAGAGUUGUCAAAAAUAAACAGCUGGGAAUAAACAGCUGGAAUCAGAGAAUCCUAGGAGGGUUUGGGUGGGAAGGGACCUUAG